ACCGAUCUGUGUGCAAUUCAAAGGUCGCCACAUCCGAAACUUUAUUUGGAAAAUUAAUAUCGUGUCCCCUCAGCCUGAAACGCAAGCAACAUCGAUGCAAUAUGCCUUAGAAAACACAAUUCACAAUCCCGUUAUUGUUCAAAACUAUGGCAAAAACUGCGCGCACCCACGUGUACAGCACCUGCAGCCUGGAGAGACCGCGCUGGUUUGGGAAGAGCCCUGUCCCAGGCAGGGCGCGCGCAGAGGCGUUCCUUCAGCAGGGCUACACAACGUCGAAGCCACGGAGGCUCAAGCAGCCCCGGCAGCACUGUGUUACCCGGAGGGUUUGAAAUCCAGCUCACGCGGCUGGGGAAGAGGGAACAGUACCAGUACCAGUUUAUGAUUCCAACUGCUCAUCAUAGUGAGUGUUUUCAGAAAUGUGAACUGCCGUGCUGGACUCAUUGCACUUUUCCGACUUAUCGCCACCUCAAGAUAGCCCCGAUGCUUGCGUGUCGGCUACAUUUGGUUCAUGGGCAACCGUGUUGCAGAUGGAUUUAAAACGACUAUCCAACAAGUGAAAACAGAAGGUUUUUUCACCCUCUUAAUUAAUUAUCUUUCUUUAAACUCGACAUGGACGGAGCACGAACUGAAAAUCCUGGGGACCUUAUCAACAGCAGCGUGGAAGAGGAGAACUACCGAGCCCUCGUCUACGACACAGCACUCAGCACUUUCCUGGCGGUGGUAGUGUAUGUGGUCGUCAAAGUGAGCUUAGACCGGAUUAGGCAAUGGCGAGCUCGGAUAUCGGUUCUGAUUGUGGGUUCUGGUCCUGUUGGUCUGACCGCCGCGUUGGUCGCUGUUCGCUCGGGAAAGGUGCUGAAACUCACGGUAUUGGAUGAGCGCUACAGGACCGCGCUGCUGUGCAGACCACAGCAGAUCGCACUGGACCCCCGCAGCGUCAGGUUCCUGUUGGGCUUGGGAGUAGACUUUGAUAACAUGGAGGGGUGCUGGCACAACGACCACUUCUUCACUAAGAUUGGCGUGUUCCAGGAGUACCUGCUCAGCAUUCUGGAGCAAAAGAAGCAAAAGGUCGAUAUUAAAGUUCACCUGGGAACAAAGUUCUCCGAGGACUACCUGCGGCGGAUCCCGUGUGGGCAGUGGCCGCGGGUGAUUGUGGUUGCGGACGGCUCUUGUGGGGAUUCCUGCUCGGUGCUGGGCAUCAGCUCAGACUACUUAGUGGAGUCCUGCCAUGCCUACGGAGCCAACGCCACCAUUGAAAGACUGGACCAGCGGCAGGUGCCCACUCCUGAGAUCAAGGCUCACAGCCUGUACUUUGACCUGUCGGCGUACGGGGUGGACGUACUGAAGGAGCCCCGGGGAUCUGGCCACACCACGGCCAAGCCAGGCUUCCACCUCAAGAUCUACGGCACAUUCCGGAACCGCUACAUGGCCCUGGCCUGCACAGCUGCGGACAGCAAGAUGAUGCGCUUCCUGCGUCACACCACUAACUCCUCGAUCAUGAAGAACAUCUUCCACCAGUCCUUUAAUGCCUAUAAGACGGACAUCGAGCCGCGGCUGAGUGAGUUGACCUUGCACCGCAUGCAGUGCAGCCGGAAGCUGUUUGAGAUCAUGCUGUCGCAUCGGCGCGUCAAUGCCGCCUACAUCGAGGGCGACAACGUAGCGGUGACCGUGGAGGGAGAGGCAGCACGCGUGCUCAACUUUGACACAGGCUGCGGGGUGAACCUGGGCAUGAGGGGUCUGGAGGCCCUGGGGACCUUCAUCUACCGGACAGCCACCGCACUGGACCAGAACGACGUGUUUGAGGCGCUCGCCGCCAAAAUACAGCAUUCCAAACAGGUGGCUGAGACCUUCAGACAAACAGGGCUGGCCUCAACCAUGUUUGAGUGACGGAGACUAGAUAGACAGAAGUAUUGGGACACCUGCCAUUACACCCACAGGAACGUUGAUGACAUCCCAUUCAACAUCCAUAUGUAUUUAUAUGGACCCCCCACCUCUUUUGCAGCUGUAUUAGCGUCCACUGUUUUGCGAAGGAUUUGAGAGUGUCUGGACAUUUUGCCCAUUUAUUCAGUAUUUGUGAGUUCAGGCACUGAUGUUAGACAAGAAGGCCUGGCUCGCAAUAUCUCUUCUAGUUCCUCCAAAAGGUAUUUGAUAGCAUAUACAACCCUGUUUUCAGUGGAUGAGGCAAGUUCUUUCACACCAACAAUGUCUUCAUGGACCUUGCUUUGUGCACUGUGUUACAGUAAAGCCAGAAAUGAAAAGGACUUCCCCGAAAUGUUCCCAAAAAGUUGGAAAUAUACAAUGAUCCAUAAUUUCUUGGAAUACUGAAACAUUAAUAUUUCCCUUCACUAACCCAAUCCCAACCUCUGAAAUGGCAUUAUCCUUUAACCAACAUCACUGCACACAGUGCACAGAGCAGGGUCCAUGCAGACACGUGUAAGUGAUUUCGGUAUGGAAGAACGUGACUGGCUUGCAGAGAACAGGGUUUUCUACAUCAUCAAACACCUUUGGGAGGAACAGCAGACAUU